CUUGCAAGCUAGAACUCAAGCUCAGGCUUGAGGCUUGAACUGCUUGAAAGUUGAGAUCCUGUCCAGGCAACUUUAGGAAGGCGAAAAACGCGAAGGGGGGGGGGCGCUUUCUUGUUUUGGAGACGACAUGAAUGUCGAUAAGGAAGUGGAAGAGCUGAAGACGGAGAUCAAACGUCUCGGCAAAAAGGAAGCUGACGGAACUUACAAGGUCACAUUCGGCACGCUGUUCAACGACGACCGGUGCGCCAACCUCUUUGAAGCCCUGGUCGGGACACUGAGGGCGGCCAAGAAGAGAAAGGUCGUCAAGUACGACUCGGAGAUGCUCCUGCAGGGCGUUCACGACGACGUCGAGAUCACGCUGCUUCAGGCCUGAAGGAAUCCCCCAGCCUAGUCGCAAAAGGUGGCAGCGCUCAGGCAGCUUACUGGAGCCGCCAAGAAAGCUGCUGAAGCUUAGGAAAGGCGGAUCUCCAUCAAUCAAUCUGUCUGCUUAUUUAAGUCGGCACUCAAGGCUGAAGGUUGAACAAUCUAGGUGGCGAACAGGUUGUAGAAGCAGGUAGCGUGCUUUUACUGCCAUGGCGUCCUCCGUCCCCUUUGGUUCAGGAUUCCACCUGCCGCUCAAUGCCUGUGGACACUCCAGAAAUCUGGGCACGAAUCGCCGGCGGGCUUCUCACUCCCACCGCCCGCAGUCAGCCUCAGGGGCCGCUGGCGCAAGCGCGCCGGAGGGCCUGCUCGGCAAAUUCCCGGUCAAGGCGAGCUUAACCGCGGGCGGGUUAGCGCUGACUGGCGACACAAUCGCGCAGACCCUUGGAAAGUAUCACAAGCAUAAGAAAUCGUUGAAGCCGGGGGAGGACGACGAUGUCUUGAGCUGGUUGCUUGUGCCCCAUGACUUUGUGCGGUCUUUACGGAUGCUGACCUACGGAGCGUUGCUGUACGGGCCGGGGUCGGAUUGGUGGUACAAGCUUUUGGACGCGCGUCUGCCCGAGAAGACUCUGUCCAACUUUGUUGCAAAGAUUGUCUUGAACCAGAUUGUGCUUGGCCCAGCUGUGGUUGCGGUUGUGUUUGCUUGGAACUACCUCUGGGCUGGCCGGAUCAAGGACCUUCCUGCCAAGUACAAGUCCGACUUCUUCUCCACGAUGGUGGACGGAUGGAAGUUCUGGGUUCCGGCAGCCACAGUUAACUUCGGGGUUGUGCCGCUGCAAGCAAGAGUAGGAUUCAUGUCGGUCUGCGCAAUCUUUUGGAACUUCUACCUGUCAUCUCGGAUGAUGAAGUAGACUUCGCUCUUGGCGUUGCUUAUGUCCGAUGUCUGCGAGGCGUUUGCGUUAUUGGCAUUCGCCGGAAAUGGGCAUCACAAUUCUUUGCCUCCUUCCACAAGCCUGUGUUGCAGCUUGAAUAUAUGGACUGGCCCUUGGUCAGGGGCUGUGACAUGUCGAGUCGGGCCAGGUAUCGGGCGG